AAGUUGAGUCAACAGAGGGACGGGCAAUACGCCGGGAGCAGGUUGGCUUACAGACUUCCUGAACAGCGAGGAUUAACAUUUUGUACCAACUACUUCAACGUUUUUUCGAAGAAACAAAUUUUACAAACAGUGCGAGGAGGACGUGAAGUUAGUUUGUUUUCGGUGCUGGAGGUAUGAAUGCCGACAAGGAGGAGCAGGAAGACGAACUUCUCGCCCUACAUAGUAUCUUUGGUUCGGAGGAGUUUGUCCGGGAUGAGUUGAAGUCUGCCGGAGAGAUCCGAGUAUCUGUUGAGCUGCCUGCAGACUUCACUGUGGUUCUUAAACAGGGUGAGACACUGAGACAGUAUGAGAUAUCAUACCUUCCACCUCUGCUUCUGAUCUUUGAACUCCCUGAGGACUACCCAUCCUCCUCUCCUCCCUCCUUCAGCCUCACCUGCAGCUGGCUGACACACACGCAGCUCUCUGCACUGGCGGCCCAGCUAACUGAUCUCUACCAGGCCACUGGGGGCGCUGUGGUGCUCUUCUCCUGGGUACAGUUUCUUAAAGAAGAUGCCCUCAGGUUCCUAGAAAUCACUACUAUCCUGGAGCUCCCCUCUGAUGAAGACAGCACCCAAUACUAUAGCCAGGACACAUUAAAUGCCGCACUCAGAGAACCAAAGAAUAAUCAAUACACUCCAGAGUCAGGACCCUCAGAUAAACAAAGUUGUAAUGUGUCAGAUCCUUGUAAACCAGACCUCUCUGAACCAUCCUUGGAAGAUGAGCAUCCGAUAGUGAUUCUAACUGAUGGCCAAAAUCCAACCUCAGACUGGACCAGCACAGACUCUCAGGGAGCUGUGGCAUUAGACUCCUGCAAGACUGACCAAAAUAAUUCAACAUCCCACCACAGCCAAGUCCCACUAGAUCAAAGUGGACAAGGAGCUGCUUCUCUGCCAAUCCACCCAAGAGAAUCCCCCCAAAAUGAAGACCACACCCUCUCUGGUCUCUCCCUAACUCCGUCACAAAUUCUCCUGUCCCAGCUCUUGAUCUACGAUGCAGCCCAGCAUCGGAAAGUGUUUGCCACCACAGUGUUUGACUGUGGUGUGUGUUUUAUCGGCCGGCUCGGUUCAGAAUGUGUGCAAUUGCCUGAGUGUGGCCACAUCUUCUGCCAGACCUGUCUCGCCCAGUUCUGUAAGCUCCAGAUAAAAGAGGGGGACGUCCAGGGUGUCACCUGUCCUCAGGCAGACUGCAAUGCAACCCCUACACCUGCACAGGUGAAGAGUUUGGUAGGAGAGGAGCUGUUCAGCCGCUAUGAUCGUCUCCUGCUACAGAAGACAUUGGACUGCAUGGCUGAUGUGACCUACUGUCCUCGGCGUUCCUGUGGUUCGCCCGUCAUUCAGGAGAAGUCCAGCACUGCAGCCAUGUGCUCUGUGUGCAGCUUUGCCUUCUGUGUUACCUGCAGACAGACCUACCAUGGAGCAAAUGACUGUCAUAAAAAGAUGAACUCAAACAAACCAACAGAAGAAGACUCACAGCAAGCCGAAAUAAAUCUGCCACAGUCACAAGAUGGGUUAGAAGCUCUGUGGGAGGACUAUGCCAGUGGCAGCAAGCAAAGGAAGCGCCUCCUGGAGAGCAGAUACGGCCGUAAGAAAUUCCAGGGCACUGUGCUGGAGCAUCUAAGUGAACAGUGGAUAGCCAUCAAUACCAAGAACUGCCCUCAUUGCUUCUGCAGAAUACAGAAGGACGGAGGAUGUAACAUGAUGACAUGCUCUCGGUGUGGAAGAUAUUUCUGCUGGACAUCUGAGGCAGUCAAUCACUUUGCAGCAGCCCCUGUCCUCUUUAAUAAAACUACCUGACCUAGUACUUUAGCUGUUUUUACCCCCAGCCACUGGCCACCAGCUAUGGAGGGAAUGGAGUGCAUGUUUUUUGAUAUGUUAAAAUCACUUUGAUUUUUAAGUGCACUCUUAGCAGACACUUGACAACGCAAACAUGUAAGAAACCUAAAAAAGGUGAUGUGGAGCAUGUUUUCAAACCACCUCUAAUCAUCUCAACACAGAAUCUGUUCACU